CCUUUUUUAAGAAAAAAUUCUAUUAACUGCACUGCCGGCAUAUUUUUGGACAACAAAAAAUAUGAUUUUACUCCUGAAAUUAUAAAGAAAUUUAAUAUAAAAAGCAACUUGGAAUAAAUACGUACAAACAUAUAUAUAAAAGAAGAAGAAAAAGAAACUCUAAUCGUACGCAAAGAUUCUUAUGAAACCAACCAAAAAGACAAAAUCAACAACAACAACAAGAACAACUAAAAGAAGUUGGAGCAUUCAACAAAAUGCAAUAGUUUUUCUCACUCGCAAAGUACAUUUUACAUAAACUGUGAUUAUGAGUUCCACAAAAUCUCAAGUAGCCCUCGCUACAAAUAUUCCAACCAACUUAGCCUCCGCCUCAGCCACCUCCACUGCGGCCACCGCCGUUGUUGUUGUCGCCGCCGUUGCCAGCAACAAUUCUGCGACGUCACCAGCAACUGCAACUGUAACUGCACCUGCAGCAGCAGCAACAUCAACAGCAGCAGCAGCAGCAGCGCCAUCAACUACAAGUGCAACAGCAGCCGUGACGUCAUCAACAGCAGCAGCAACAACAGCAGCAAGCAACAGCAACAACAACAAUACCAACUGCAACGAGGAGCAAUCGAACGCUUCCAAUUUGGGGCGUCAAAACAGUUUUGGCAAUAGACGCGGCAACAUGAAGGGCAAACAUCUUACACGCAGCCAUGCCAUGCGCGAGUCGACGUCGCCGCCGCGCACGCCAACGCCGCGAGGCGCCGCCGAGCAGCAGCAGCAACACCCCAGCGAUGCCCAUGAGCACAACAACAGCAACAACAGUAACAAUGCCAUAUUAAGCAACAACAACAACAACAAUAGCAAUAUUAACACCAAUAGCAAAGCACAAUCAACUGGACGCGGCAAUUCGCCGCUGAUGGAAACGCCCGCUGUGAUUGUUACUAGUCAGCAGCAGCAACACUUGCAACAGCAACAGCAACAGCAGCAGCAGCAGCCGCUGAAUGUGCCGCUGCGUGAUGAGUCCGAGUUUCCCAAGUUGUCGCCGCCCAAGAAAUCUGGCGCUGGCCAUCACAAUCGCACCAACAGCAAUGGUAGUUCGGGCAUUGAGUACAACAACAACAACAACAACAGCAGCAACAAUAACAACAACAACAACAGCAGCAGCAACAACAGUGGCAAAAAGUAUGUGGUGGACUUGAAAUCCAAUGGACUGGAAAAGCAUCACCACAACAGCAACAGCAACAACAACAACAACAGCAACAGCAGCAGCAACAACAAUGGCAACAGCCAGAAUUCCUCCACGCUGCUGUACAACUCAGGCAUGAAUUAUAAGGCUGCCGAGCGUCAUGAGCGCCACGAACGCCACGAAAUGUCCAGCCAGAAUAGCAAUCUCAGCAACAGCAACCACGAGGAGGAGCAAUAUCAUUAUGAGCGUGGCACGGGCGGCGGUGGCGGCGGCGGCGGCAAGAAGCAUCGCGCCAACAACACCAAUGCAAAGGGCUCCAAGCCACGCUUGAAGAACCUAACGGGCAGCUCGUCCAACAGCAUUGAUGGCGGUGGUGCUGGUGGUGGUGGCGGUGGCGGCGGCGGCGGUGGCGGUGGCAAUGGCAACUGUGGUGGCAAUGGCCAAACGCUGGGCUGCAACUCCAACAAUUCGAGCAACAACACAUCUGGCUUUAUAUCGCGCGUCUUUCAUCAAUCAGAGAACUCAAGCGAACAAUAUACGGAUUUUGGUGGCACCGAUCUGUUGACCUUCUUCCGGGACACGCUCAACAAGAAUCCAAAGGAUCGCAACUAUCUGCUGAAGAUUGAGAAGGAUUUGAUAGACUUUGUGCAGGAAAAGGGUCGGGGCUGUGAGUAUCGCUUUCCGUCGUCGUCUUCGUAUAAUCGCAUGCUAAUCCAUCGCACGGCUGCCUUCUUUGGCAUGGAUCACAAUGUGGACUCCGAGACGCAACAGUGUGUGAUCGUGGCCGUGACCAAGGGCACACGCAUACCAGAGAUUCGCUUCAAGUCUCUGGUGCGUGGCGAUCAUCGUGAGGAUGGGCGCAAGUCAAUUCUAAAGCGUGAUACGCACAGCUUCGAUGAGGUGCGCCAGUCGCCGUAUCUCUGUCCGGAACGUCUGAUGCUCGAUCGCAAGGCCAAGAGCUUUGAGGAGCGCGAGGAGAACUAUGAUCGUGCACGCAGUCGCAUCUUUAAUCGCACAUCGCAGCAGGAUGGCUACGAGGAGGAUUGCUAUGGUCCCAAUGGCCCUGGCGGCGGCAACGGUGGCUGGCACAAUGCAGUCGAGCAGCAGCAACAGCAGCAGCAGCAACAACAACAACAACAGCAGCAGCAGCCGCCACGACCCAAACGUCCGAAUGGCAAAAUGCUGCAAAUGCAGAAUUCAACGGAGUCACGUGAUGGUGGCGGCAUGCGUUCCGGUGGUGCUGUGCCCAAGUCCCACAACUUUGGCAACUACGGCGGACCGCCGAGCGCUGGCGGACCCGGUGGCGGUUCGCUGCCACGCGGCGAUUCAACCAAUUCGAGCAAGAGCGGACGCGGCAGCAACUUUGCCAAGCAGGACUCGACUGGCAGCACCAGCACACCCUGGCGCCUGUCGCCCUCGAGCAGCGGCUACAAGACACGCACCCAAUCCGUGCGCUCCGAUUCCGUAACGCCCUCGCCCACCGGCUACGGCAGCGAUAGACAGACGCCGGAGUACAGCCAGCCGACGGCGCAGGUCAAUUCCAAUCGGGGCAUGGCCUCGUUUCUGCAGCAUGCAGCGACGCCACCACCACCACAACAACAACAACAACAACAACAAUCAUCAUCAUCAUCAACAGCAACAACAGCAAUUGCAACGGCAACGGCAACAACAACAGCAGCACCAGAGUCGUCGGCAACAGCAUCGGGACUCGUCUGGGCCGUCACAGACAUCUCGAGUGUGCCAAUUGGCAGCGUCCUCAUUGAUCCGCAAACCCUCCAACCAAUUCUCAAUGCAGACGGCUCCAUUUACCACUAUGACCCGUCCAACUUGCCGCCCAACCAGGCGCUGCAGCAUGGAGGCAACAGUGGCGGCCAGAACUAUCAGUCGAGCGGCAAUUCUGGCGGCAACUAUGCCUCCUAUCGCAAGUCUUCGCCACAUCAGCCGCAACAGCAACAACAGCAGCAGCAGCAGCAACAGCAGCAGCAGCAGCAGCAGCAACAGCAGCAGCAGCAGCAGCUGCAGCAACAACAGCAGCAGCAACAACAGCAGCCGAUAUAUACCGCUGAGCUAUCGUGCAGCUCCACGGAAAGCUAUGCCGAGGAGGUGCAAUCACCGGGCAUGGACUGCUCCGAUAGCUACGAGAGCUAUCAGAAUGAGCCGCAGCAGAUGCAGUCUCUCUGCGAGUCGGGCAGCGGCAAGGGCGACGAGUGUGAUAGUCUGUCCAGUGCCACGGCCUGCCUGAGCAUCACGACCUCCACGUCCACCAAGAACUAUGACCGCAUCGAGGUGCAAAAGUAUAAGAAUCAGGCAACCAGUCCCAACAUACCAGCCUGCUGUGCCGCUGAAAAGGAGCUCGAGCAGCAGCAGCAGCAACAGCAACAGCAGCAGCAGCAGCAGCAACAACAGCUGCCGCAACAACAGCAGCAGCAGCAACCAUUGCAGUUGCAGGACCAGGAAACGGAAACAGCUAGUGUGCCAUCGCCGCAGGAGUUGCCAGCUAGCCAAACGCCGCUGCCAGUGGCCGCAGUUCCAUUGAACUGCGAUGCCCAAUCGCUGUCGCCCAGCACCACGCCCUACAGCCAGUGCGAGAUGAAGCCAGCCAGCCAGAGCCAAGCUCAGGCCGUUGCCGAGGAGCCCAAGACGACCAGCUGGACGUACACGCAAAGCUAUCAGGCAGCCGAUGGCUCCACCGUCUUUCAUACCACAACCACGCCCAAUGGCGCGGCGCCCUAUUGCGCCACCACAUAUCAGCAAGGGCCCGAUGGCAGCAUCUAUGCUGUGCCCCAGGGCAUGGUGUAUGCGGCGUAUCCACAGCCAACGGUCAGUGGCGCUGCCUCGCAGCCGCUCUUCCAGCUGACGGGCAGCAGUCAGCCCACGCAGGCGAUAUUCGCCUCACAGGAGGCUGGCGAGCUGCCCGGCGGCACCUACAUGAUACCUGUCUUCGAUCCGGCACAGCAGCAGCGCGACGGUAUAAUACCCGCCCAGGCCAUAUACCAGACGCCGGCUGGUCCAGCUACGGCCGUGAUGCCAAUGGCCACCGCCACCUAUCCGGCAGCCCAGUUUGCUGCCGCCGCUCCCAAUGGUGCGCCCAUCUAUCAGGGGCCGUUGAUCUACUCCAGCGAUCCGGCUGGUGCGCCGCUGCAGCAGCUGCCCAUGGCCACGUAUCCCAUUGGCUAUCCGUAUCAUUAUUAUCAUCCCAUACCUUACUACGCUCUACCCCAGCAGGCAGUCACUGCCACGCCCAUGGUGGCAACUGCUGCGGCUGGCCAGGCCCCGGCCGCCGGGCAGCCGACGGUGCAGGCCCAAGCGCAAGCGCAGGCCCAGGCCCAGGCUGCAGCUCAGCUGAAUCUCGCAACUGCCACAGCGGCUGGUCCGCCCACGGUAGCUGGCGGCCAGCAGUCCACCAAUGGCCACCUCAUCACCACUGGCGGCAACGGCGGCAACAACAGCGGCGGCUAUAUGGGCGGUGGGCGUGUGAAGCGAACCCCUGGCGGCGGCUCGAUACACUACAAUGCCAGCUAUCCGACAGCAGCGACGGCAGCUGGCCAUGCCACUGCGGCACAUCAUCCGGGCGCCGGCUCCGCGCAGCUGAUCGCCACGACGCCCGGCGCCAGCACAACGACAUAUCAUGCGCUGCCCACGCUGACGCUGGCGCAUGGCGGCGCGGGAGCGAACACAGAUCUCAAUGCUGCUGCGGCUGCUGCGGCCGCUGCCGGUGCGCAUGUGUAUGCGGUGCCAGCGCAGCAUGCCACGGCGCUGAUACCAACCAACAUAUUCCCCUAUGCGGCCGGCCAGGCGGGCGCCCAGCCGGCGGGACCGCAUAAUGCGGUGCUCCAGCAGCAGCAGCAACAGCAGCAGCAGCCACCACCACCGCCGCCGCCGUCAGCGGCUCAGCACACGGCACCACAUCACGCUCUCAUCACAGCCGCACCGUUCUACCCGGCAGCCAGCGGCGCCAUGGAUGUGGCCGCCUCGCAGUCGGCGCCGAGCACGCCAGCGGCGCCGGGUCGCCAGGCACCGCUGUUCAGCACACCACCCGCACCGAAUGUCGCUGGCGGCGCCAACAGCACGGGCGGUGCCAUCUCGGGCGCUGGUGGCUCGGGCUACCACAGCAACAGCACCACGCCCCACUACUACCACAGCCAGAGCAGCAACGACGGCGGCUACGGCACGCCCUACGAGAAGCGCAACAACAACGCAAGUGGACUGGGCUCGAAUGCGCCCAGCAUCGGCCGCAAAUCCUACCAUCCGGGUGGCUACAAUCCGCGGCACUCGUUGCCGCUGGGCGGCAUGCCAACGGGCGCCAAGACGCCGCUGCUCAACUCGAACAACGAGCCGACGCCGCGCGCCUCGCCGAGCAGCGUUAGCCUGGGUGGACCGUCGACAUCGUCGAGCUAUCAUCAUGCCACGCAUCGCGGACCGCCGCAUGGGCUGGGCAAGCGGGAGAAUAAGCCCACGCAGCUGCCACUGAUCAGCGGACCACCGCCCAGCUAUGCGCCCACGACAAGCAGUCCAGCUGGAGGAGCCGGAGCAGGAGCCGGAGGCGGUGGCAGUGGCGGCGGCAACAUUGGCUACGAGACGAAGCCACCAGUGCGUCUGAAUGCAGCCGCUGCCAGCUUCCGUAGCCAGAAGACGAUCAAUGCGGACUUCAGGCGCAGCGUCUCGCAGCGCAACUCGCCGAGCGCCAAUGGCAACAACGGCGGCGGCAGCCACGAGAGCAGCAACAACUCGCCCAACAGUAUUGCAGGCGGCGGUGGCGGCAGCAGCAGCAACAACAGCAACAGUAACAACAACAGCAGCAGCGCCGCCAAUACGCCGAAUGCCACAAGCGCACCACCCACCACCAGCCUGGGCACCCAGUACAUUGUGGUGGAUCCAUCGACGGGCGCCGCAAUGAACGCCUCGCCGCCGUCGCUCUAUCUGAGCGGCGGUGGUGGCAAUGCUGGCGGCGGCAGCGGUGCCGGACCGCGUGCCUCGCACAUUCCAGCCCAGCUGCACCAUCCGGCCGGAGCGGCAGCUGCGGCGGCGGCUGCAGCGGCAGCCAACAGCCAGCAGGCAACAGCGGUGCUCAGCGGUGUGGCGGCCCUCGGUGGCUACAAUCCGAACGGGGCGUCCAGUGUCUACAUCAAGUAUGGCCAGACAUACUUUGCUCAUCCAUCGGUGGCCUUGCCCAACAGUCGACGUUCGCCCUCGAGCGAUAUCCGGCCGCAAAUGGCGCAGGUAACCGGCAUGUAUCCCGCCACAAUGAUGAUACAAGCACCUCCACGUCAUCCAAGCCGUCAUCCCAAUCCGAACUACAAGGGUUCGCGUCCGCGGUAAAUCUAGCCGAACUGCUGAAUCUGAACAACUGGCGGAUAAGCGAGAGACAACAACAGACAGGAGAAGAUUAUGAAGAAGAAAUAGAAGAACUACAUAAACAUAACGGCAUACCUAAGAUAAAUAUAAAUAGCAACCUAAUCUAGUGGAACAUAAUGUAGUUGACAAGAAACAAAAAACAAAACAAAAAAAGAGAAAAAAAAAACACAGAAAAAGUAAAACGAAUGAAACGAAAAGUGAAAGAGUGAAGAACGAUGAUGAAGUAGAUGGACAUGAUGUAACAGAGCAUAGGAGCAAAGGGCAGCAGCAGAAGCAGAAACAGAGCAGACUGAAGAUGGGAGGGUGCAGCAGCUAACGGGACUGCAAGCUUAAUGCAACAAAGUGUUGAAACCAACUUCCGCAGGCAAAAAAAAAAGUAAAUUAAAUUAAAUUAAAAUGCAAACUAGCUCUAGUUAAUGAAUUAUGCUUUAGCUACAACAACAUCAGCAACAUCAACAACAACAUCAACAAGAAAAGCUGUAUAUUUUGUGCCAUUAAAAAUAGUCUUAAAAAACCAGUAAACAUAUAUAUAUAUAUAUAUAUAUAGGUAUAUAUAUAUGUAUAUAAGUCGAGUACCGAAGAAGCAAUAAGUGAACACAUCGACGGCUACACUAGAACGAAACGAUCCUGA